GAAGUUAUUCUGUGACGUUCACUUCUCAACACCGACACCGGGAGUCGGUCACCGAACAAGCCUUUCUGAUAGGAGGUCGGUGUAGCGCGUAGCAAUGGGCUCCAUUUCGGGUUUAUUGUCUGUGGUAGGAGGGGCAACUUUCUACCUCUAUCUCCUGUCCUCUUUCCUGCCGCCCGGACCGCAACAUCACCGGCGACAUGAGGUGGAGUUAAACAACGAGAGCGCAGAGGGAGCCGGGGACAUGGAAGUUGUUGAGUACAGACUGAAGUUCCCGUCGGACCUGGAUGAGCUGAGGGAGCUGGCUGAGAUGCUGCAGUUCUAUAAGACAGAACACACAGGCUACGUGGUGCUGCUGUUCUGUAGUGCCUACCUCUACAAACAGUCCUUCGCCAUCCCUGGCUCCUCCUUCCUGAACAUGCUGGCGGGGGCGCUGUUUGGUCCAUGGCAGGGUCUGGUCCUGGCCUGUCUUCUGACCACCACCGGCUCUACCUUCUGUUACCUGCUGUCUGCUGCCUUCGGGAAGAGCUACAUCAUACGCUUGUUCCCUGACCAGGUGGACAGGCUGCAGAACAAGGUGGAGGAGAACCGUAGCAGUCUGUUCUUCUUCCUCCUGUUCCUGCGGUUCUUCCCCAUGACUCCUAACUGGUUUAUCUAGGAGGUCUAACCCAGUCUCUCCUCUCCUUCAUCAGGUUUGAUCCCGUAUAACUUCAUCUGCGUGCGGACAGGCUCCAUCCUGUCAGAGAUCUCUUCCCUGGACGAUAUCUUCUCCUGGGGGACGCUGCUACAGCUGUUGGCCAUCGCCUGUGUGGCCCUGCUUCCCGGAGCCCUUAUCAAGCGCUAUAGCCAGAACCAUCUCCAACUGGACGGGCUGCAGCAGAAUGGAGGACACAGACAGAACCAGGGACAAGCAGCUGAUGACAGAAAGAGGAGAUGACCCUCCUGAAAUACAGUCAUGCUGGGUCUGAUUGAACUUGACUGACCCUGCUGGACUGGAUUGGCCACUAUCACUACAGCUUUACGCAGGGGAGUUUAGACCUUUUUUAGGGGAGAGAAACGACUUAACUGCCACUAUGCCGAGGAUACUUAAAGGUCAUGAACAGUCAAAUCAUGUUUUUCAUGUUAUGUGAUGAUAUUUGGAUGAAACCAGAUCAAAGUAUGAAAAAUGACUGUUGCUCCAACAUUGAUCAAGGUUGGUCAUAAAGCUACUGGUCCCCUCCUCCCAUGUCAAACACUUGGAUUCAGGAGGCAGGAUUAUUAAGGGAAAAGGGGUCACCCUAACUCUCAUUUUAAUACAGCAACGGUAACAUAUUUUCUUACCUAAUUGAAAUAAGUACUGCCUCGUUACCAACAUCGGAGAAGGCGUGUUUGUGGAGGGGCGUGGUUUAUACAGCUACUCUACUGGUGCCAAAAUUGGGCUGUAAGGUGUCAGCAAAUAUAAUUAAAAGUUGACACUAUUCAUCUAUGGUAGAGAGA